CUUCCAAGCUGAGCGCUCACUGAAGCAGGUGCUGGGUUACAUAGCUGUUCUGAAUCUGCUGGAUUCUAUGGAGCAGCAAGCCGGUCUGUUUCCCAUUUUGCAACACCUUGAUUCCCUCCAGUUCAGUAAACUGCAACAGUCAAGCUCUCAUAUAUGAAGAUGGUUCACCACUCGGGCUCUAUUCAGUCAUUUAGACAGCAGAAAGAUGAAUCUGUGACACAGAUGCUCCACAAGGUCAACACUCUAAUGAAUUAACUCAUGACCAGCAAGAUGGAACAUUCCAUUAAAGCAUGUGGAGGGAGAGGAUGAGUGUGCCAUGGAAAACAGGCAAUACCAUGUGCAAAGAAAACAGUCUGCUCAAAGAUACCAAGGCAGAGGGAAAGCAGAGCCAGGAACAAGUGGAUCCAUGGUCACCAUUGGGGAUGAAUACUAGCAAGAGUGAGACUGUAAAAGAACCUCCCUUAAAGCCCUCCAGAAGAUCCUUGCCAUGUCUCGCUCAGAGUCAAACCCAUCCACACAGUCUCAGCAAGCAUUCUUCGUUCCUUCAGCCAAAUCGAGUACAACCUCAACCUCAGCCAGUGAGUGCUGGGGCAUCAACUACUACAGUGGAUGUCGUGUCAGAACGAGCUAAAGUGAUGGAAGCCCUGGAAAACAAUUUACUCAAGUUAUCUAAUACUGAAUACAGCGAUCCAUUCUUAGACAUAGGAAGAGAGAAAGACACAUAUACAGAUGAUUCCGAACAUGGGAAUUAUGAUUUUCGUACAGAUCAGUCUCUGCUUAUUCAAAAUACGCCUACAAGACAGAAACUAGAAACUCGGACUAAGUCAUCACUGAAGGUCUCACAGAAUGAAGUUUUGAAACGAGCAGCAGGGACAACAAAAAAGAAUGAUAUGAGUGCCCUAGCAACAUCAGGUCUCUUCUUCAAGGAUGGCAAAAAGCGCAUUGAUUAUAUUCUAGUCUAUAAAAAGUCAAGUCCACAAAUAGAGAAAAGAAGCACUUUUGAAAAGAACCUGCGAGCAGAAGGACUAAUGUUAGAAAGAGAGCCAGCUGUUACAAACAAUGAUAUUAUGUUUGUUAAAAUUCACUGUCCUUGGGACACACUGUGCAAAUAUGCAGAAAGGAUGAACAUCAGGAUGCCUUUCAGGAAAAAAUGUUAUUACACUGACUGGAGGAGCAAAACCAUGGGCAGUUUGCAGCGGAAUAUGAGGGAACUGAAAAGCUGGCUGCCAAGAAAUCCAAUGAAACUUGACAAAGAAGCACUUCCUGACCUGGAAGAAACAGAUUGCUACACAGCACCCUUCAGUCGAGCACGCAUACAUCAUUUUACAAUAAACAACAAAGACAGUUUCUUCAGCAACUCCACAAGAAGUAGGAUAGUACACCAUAUGCUACAGAGGACGAAGUAUGAAGAUGGAAAAUCAAAAAUGGGCAUUAACAGGUUGCUCAGCAAUGGAACAUAUGAAGCUGCAUUUCCACCUCACGAGGGAAGUCACAAGAGCAGGCGUCCAAUCAAAACUCACGGAGCUCAGAAUCAUCGGCAUCUGUUAUAUGAACGCUGGGCACGGUGGGGGAUGUGGUACAAAUACCAGCCUUUGGAUUUGAUCAGGAGAUAUUUUGGAGAGAAAAUUGGCCUUUAUUUCGCUUGGUUGGGAUGGUAUACUGGGAUGCUGAUUCCUGCUGCACUAGUUGGGCUAUUUGUUUUCCUUUAUGGAUUAUUUACCAUGGACUCCAGUCAAGUAAGCAAAGAGAUCUGUGAGGCCAAUGAAACUGUGAUGUGUCCUAUGUGUGAAAAGAAUUGCACACUCCAAAAACUCAAUGAAAGUUGCAUCUACGCAAAGGUCACACAUUUAUUUGAUAAUGGAGGGACUGUCUUCUUUGCCAUUUUUAUGGCAAUAUGGGCUACCGUGUUCUUAGAGUUUUGGAAAAGACGGAGAGCUGUGCUAACCUAUGACUGGGACCUCAUAGACUGGGAAGAUGAAGAGGAAGAACUUCGUCCCCAAUUUGAAGCUAAAUAUUCCGAAGUGGAGCGAGUAAACCCUAUAACAGGAAAACCUGAACCAUUUCAACCCUUCCCUGAUAAACUUAGUCGACUGAUGGUGUCUGUGUCAGGAAUAUUCUUCAUGAUUUCAUUAGUUCUCACUGCAGUGUUUGCAGUUGUAGUCUACCGGCUAGUGGCUAUGGAGCAGUUUGCCUCUUUCCAGUGGCAUUUCAUCAAAAAGUACUGGCAGUUUGCAACAUCAGGCACUGGCGUCUGUAUCAACUUUAUGAUCAUCAUGUCACUUAAUGUUGUGUAUGAAAAAGUUGCCUAUCUCUUAACAGAUUUGGAACAUCCUAGAACAGAUUCAGAGUGGGAAAAUAGUUUUGCCUUGAAAAUGUUUCUCUUCCAGUUUGUCAAUUUAAACAGUUCCAUUUUCUACAUUGCCUUUUUCCUUGGAAGAUUUGCUGGACGUCCUGGAAAGUACAACAAACUUUUUAACAGAUGGAGACUGGAAGAGUGUCAUCCUAGUGGCUGCUUGAUAGACCUCUGCCUGCAAAUGGGUGUGAUCAUGGUUUUAAAACAAAUGUGGAACAACUUCAUGGAACUUGGCUACCCGUUACUACAAAACUGGUGGUCACGACGCAAGAUCAAGAAAGGAGGGCAGUUACUGGAGAAUAAAUUUUCUCUACCCCAGUGGGAAAAAGAUUGGAAUCUCCAGCCCAUGAAUCUCCAUGGUCUGAUGGAUGAGUAUUUGGAGAUGGUCUUACAGUUUGGCUUCACCACCAUCUUUGUUGCUGCUUUCCCACUGGCACCUCUGCUGGCUUUGCUUAACAAUAUCAUAGAAAUUAGACUCGAUGCCUAUAAAUUUGUUACACAGUGGCGGCGGCCUAUGCCUGCAAGAGCAACAGAUAUAGGUAUCUGGUAUGGAAUCCUCGAAGGAAUAGGAGUCCUCGCUGUCAUCACCAAUGCUUUUGUUAUCGCCAUCACUUCAGACUAUAUUCCACGUUUUGUUUAUGCAUACAAAUAUGGACCUUGUGUCGAUCAAGGAUACAGACAUGAAAAAUGUUUGAGGGGAUACGUCAACAGUAGCUUAUCAAUAUUUGAUCUGAGUGAGCUUGGCAUGGGAUAUUCAGGAUAUUGCAGGUAUAGAGAUUACAGAGCACCCCCCUGGAGUUCAACUCCUUAUGAGUUCACCUUGCAGUUCUGGCAUGUUCUAGCAGCUCGGCUGGCUUUCAUUAUAGUGUUUGAGCACCUGGUUUUUGGAAUAAAAUCCUUCAUUGCCUACCUAAUCCCAGACAUGCCCAAAGACUUAUGUGACAGGAUGAGGAGGGAGAAAUACUUAGUUCAGGAAAUGAUGUAUGAGGCCGAACUAGAGCAUUUGCAGAGCGAGCGGAAAAAGAAUGGCAAACAGUAUCACCAUGAAUGGCCUUAGUUGGUUUGGAACAGCAGUAACAACAUUAAUAUCAGAACUGACAGCUCUGAGUGCAACCUGAAGUGAGGCAGAGGAAUCAAGCUGUGUAUAUAUGCUGCUGUUGGGAAAAUAUGAUCAAGCUUCGUUAUGAACUGGAAAAACCUUGUUACAAACAGGAGACAAACAACCAUAUCCUAUUAAUGGUCUGUCCUCAAGAUGGAGUACUGAAGAAUGAGUGCUAAUUCAGCUGAAAUCACUAGAAGGCGUGAAUUCGCUGGGCACCAUGUCACAAGAUAAAAUGAGUUUGUGAAAGAUUCCACAGCAUAAUGGAAAACAAAAAUCUAAUCCUUGUAAACCUUUCGUAAGGGCAUGACUUUUUUUAAAAAAGAUGUGUUUACCCAAGCUUUUAAUUGCUCAAAAGAAAUUGUAUUGCCUAUGACAAUAUCAAGCAAGAUUAAGUGUUGCCUUUGUGGCCAAAAAUUGAUGCAUUAACAGUCCUUCAGGCUUCCAGUUUUGUCAGGUUUGUCCUAGUCUCUUGCUGAGAUUGUGGAUGUGGCUCUGCCCUUUAAAAGGGAUACCAGCCUGUUUGAUAUUUACUAUGCAGUUUGAUGUUUGCACAACACUUCUUGUUUGUCUUUAUAAUUCAUAAAAACAUUCUCUACAUUCAAAGAAAUACCAAUUUCACUUGAAGACUGAAGGCUGGGACCCAGAGAUCCUUUUCUUCAUUAAGGAAACUGGCUUCUGCAAGAGGAUUAACUGUUUGCCUUAUGCAGGUAUCUUGUGUGAGGAAAAUCACAUUGCAUCCAGAAAAUCUCAGCUGCAUGCAUGCAGAAGCCUUUUUCACACAGUUAAUUGUGCACAUUAUUUAGGGCCUGCUGUACAUCUGCCCAAGUGGUAUACUUUUGUGGUUGCUGCUUGCAUCCCUCCAGAUGCUGGCUUAUACUAUUGCACUGCCCUUGAUGCAGCACUAAUUGGAAAAAGCAUUGUUGUAUUUUCAAUUGUUAUACUCAAUUAAUAUUCAAUGUGCAAAUUUCCCCGUACCGCUAAAAUGAACAGUCCUAUCCAUGCUCUAAUGUGACAUGCAGAAGUAUAACUGUUGCUAGUAUCUUCUCUUUGAGAUACUUGGAUUUUUAAAUAUUUCGCAAAACUGUCUACUUGAAAUGUCUUCAUGUAUUGCAAAGCAUUUCAUCCUAAGAAGCCACUUUUAUCACUUACCUUAUACAAGCUCCUGUUUAUGCGGAAGAUAAAGCAUAACAUCAUGACUCCUUUCCUUUCCAAGGAAAAACAGCACUAUAUCUAAAGCACCGUCUCCCCCCCCAUAAAAUCAAAGCAUGAAAAUAGGUGUAUGCACAGUAUUCAGUCUUCCCCAAUGUUAUGCCUUCUUAAGAAUAUAUUUUUUAAUUCCUUCAGAACAGUACAUGUUCUUGCAAUGAUUUGUAGGGAUGUGCAAAUUGAUUUGGGUACAAAUUCGAUUUGUACCCGAAUCUAGCUGAUUUGGGUGAUUUGGAGAAAAAACAAGUCACCCUUGUGGUCCAUUGGCUAGAUUCGGGUGCAAAUUGAAUCACACGUGAUUUGAUUCGAAUUGAUUUGAGAUUCGUAUCCCUCCUAUUAAUUCCAGAUUCCCAGCUUUCAGUUUAAAAAAAAAAAAAAAGCUCAGCUCUAGCCCUUGCAGAAGUGGAGUUAUGGAGCAAAAUGUGUGGUCACUAUUUUUCAAGUGUUUGGAUUCUUUGGUGUAUUAUAACUUCCCCUCAAUUAAUCCCUAUGAGGAUUCAUUGGACACCUUCAUUUCUUCUGUACAUUUGACUGACUUUUUGACAGUGCCAACUGUCAACUGCCAUGUGCCAGCUACACCCCACUCCCACCUGCAAGGCAUUGAGGUACUACUCAGAUUAUGUUCUAGGAUUUUUUCCAAGUGUUAAGGCCCUUUGGUGUCUAACAACAUUUCCUCAUAAGGAAUCCCUAUGAGGAUUCAUUACACACUAAAGAGUCUAAACACCUCAAAAAUUCCUAAAAUAUAAGCUGAGUACCCAGUGGCUUGUGGUUUGCGGGGUAAUUGGAACAUGGGAUGCCACUCAUUCCCCACCCCCAACUGUAAAGCAGUGGGUCAAAAUGAACAGAAGAAAUGAAGUUGUGUAAUGAAGACACCAAAGAAUCUAAACAUUUCAAAAAUACCUAAAAAAAAUAAACUGAGUACCCCAGUGUGUGUGUAUGGUGGGAGGGUCUAGUUGAAACAUAGCUGUUGAAAGUUGGCACUGUCCAAUGAUAGUCAAAAUGAACAGAAGAAAGGAAGGAGUAUAAUGGAUCCUCAUAGGGAUUCAUUAUGAAGAAAAGUUAUUAGACACCAAAGAAUCUAAACAUUUCAAUAUUCCUAAAAAUUAAAAUGAGUACCCCAGUACUUUGCAGGUGGGGGUGUGAGGGUGGGGUGUAAUUGGCACAUGGCAGUUGACAGUUGGCACUGUCCAGUGACAGCCACAAUGAACAGAAGAAAUGAAGGUGUGCAAUGAAUCCUCAUAGGGA